GUCAAUCAGUAAAGGUUGACUGUGGGGAUUGUAUAACAUCUCCGGUUGUGUAACAGCUGAUUUGGUGGCAUGGUGAGAGUAGCUGAGCGGUCUGUGAAAGAACCGGCCUGGGUUCAGCGGUUUUCUCAUUUUUGUGCUGGCAGAGUAGGCCUGCUGCCAGAUGGCUCGCUGAAGAUUUUGUCUCCAGGCAAAGCCGAUGAGGGCCUGUACACCUGCACCGCAAGAAACCCGCUUGGCUCCAGCUCGCUGACCUCACGGCUGCAGAUAACAGGCCACAAAGGACAAAGCUGUCUUGAAGGUAACAGUAUGGGAGUGGAUGGCUCGGUUUGUCCAGAGAGCAGUAACGGCAGCCAGGCUCUUGAGCUCUGCCAUGGACAAGACUGCCCCCUCAGGUGGCGAGUGGCUCCUUGGUCAUCCUGCUCGUCCACAUGUGGAGGCGGGUUUCAGAUCAGGAGUGUCAGCUGUGUGAGGGGACCCGAGGACGGGGCCGGUGAGGUGGACAGCCGACGUUGUUCAGGGGUGGGAAGGAGGCCUCCAGAUACCAGACCAUGCAACCUUUUGCCCUGUGCCUUGUGGGCCUCAACACCAUGGGGGCCGUGCAAUGGUCAUUGUGCUGGUCCUGGUUGGGCCACACAGCACCGACAUGUUUACUGCCAAGACAGAAAUGCCACCAAAGUCCCCCAAAGGAUGUGCAGUGGACUUAAAAGACCCAGCUCCCUUAGGAAUUGCUCCACAGACGCCUGUGCUCUACAGUGGCGUGUCGGGCCGUGGACACAAUGUACCGCCACCUGCGGACGCCACGGUUUCCAGUCCCGCCAGGUCACCUGCACCCACCGUCGAACUGGCAAGCCUUCUCGGGAACACCACUGCACAUGGAGGCCUCGCCCCCCUAGCUGGCAAAGAUGCAACAUCCUGUCCUGUGGGAGAGCAGGUGAGUGUCGAGACAGCACCCGCUACUGCGAGAAGGUGCAACAGCUGGAAUUGUGCCCGUUGCCCCAGUUCAAGAAUCGCUGUUGUCAGUCCUGCCGAAAUACCUGAAAAGGGGAUGGUGGUGGAGGUUGGGGGGGGUGUAUGUCCAGGACAUGACCCCCAUGACCCCCAGACACUGAGCAGAGACUUAAAAGUCCCCGAUGCCCCUUUCUGAACAUCCACAACAGUCUUGGAGAACCCGGCUUGGCUGGAGGGGAAGGGAGGGUGGAGGAAUGUGUAGAUGCUCUGUCCUAGGAAUGUUUGGAUGGACGUCACUGUUAAUGAAGUCCUCCGUUUUUACUUCUUUUUCCUAACUGAUGUUCAGCAGCUUUCCAUAUUGUGCGAAAACUGACUAAGUUAGAGUUGCAAUAUGAGUAACAGAAAGGAAGGGCAAUUUAGUCGUAGCUCUCAUAAUGGGUAAUGCAUAAGAAAAGGGAUUGUGCCAUUGAUUAACUACAUGUCCAUACAAAUGAUAAGUGGUGGAGUGUAUUGUUUUUUUUUUUUUUUUUUUUUAUAACCACUGGAUAUUUGGAAGUUUUUUUUUUGUUUGUUUUUUUUGUAGCGUUAGUCUCUAUAAAGUGUAUGUGGAUAAGAUUUCACCCAAAUCCAGUCAUUUUCUAAAAGUUUAGUUUGUUUUUAAAUCAAUAUUCUUGUUCAGGUAUUUUGAAUUUUUAAGCCGGUUCUUGAGGCAAAUAUGCAAAAGACAAACUGAAUCGAACAUUUGGCACCUUUUGACCACGGUGACUGGUCAAGUCAUUUCAGUUGGUAACCCUUGAAACACGAUGGACGUCAGUGGUUUUAAUUUUAGCUUCAGCAGACUUAAGAGUAGAACAUCAUGAAUAUUCAUUAUAUGGAUUGCACUAAUAUGGUGGGGUAUGACUGAAGUGUAACAAUUUAAAGAGGAGAUUAAAAAAAAAGUGGACACUUACUUUUGCACUCAACUCAACCAAGUCUUUGUUAAGACAUGGCUUGGAGAGUUUUUAUCUGGUCUUGUUUGUAAUGUUGCAGUGUUUAUAGUUUUACUUUCAUGAUGUUUAUUCUGUUUUGGUGAAAUUUUGGGAAAAAUCUGCAAAAAUGUCCCUGUAACCACUUUGUGACACCAUAGCACACUUGAAUGCAAUGUAAACAUGGUAGCCCCUCCAAAUACACAAGUCUAAUUCACUUUUCUCAUCCUGAAAUAUGGUUUCUGCACGGCGUAGUUUUAGGUUUCGGGAAAUAAUCGAGACUUGCAUUCGCAGCACUGCUCUUGUAUAUUUCUGAAGUCUUGCACAACAUUGAGUCAAUAAGUUGUCUGUUCAGCCAGAUCAAAACUUCUUUUUUUUUUUAAUUGUAUUUAUUCACACUAGUUUCUGUGCCAGAUAGGCAGAGUUUGCACUUUUGACGCUAUGUCUUGGGUUCAGUUACGAGUAGCAGACGUUAUCCAGUGCAACACAAAUCUGAACAUCUAAAAUACUAUUUGGCCUUGGAUGAAGGUGUGGUUAUAUUUUGUUAUUGUUGAUAAAGUAUCACGUGGUAGUCACACGGUGUAUUAUUCAUGCUCUUAAGUUAUGUAGAUAUUUGUUCUGCUGAAGUUUUAUGCUCCGUUUUGUCCUUUAAACUAUUUAUUAUCAUGUGUGUUUCCUGUGCAAAUGUGAUAGUUUUGUAAAUAAUUACAUGGGAGGAAAUGUAAGUAUUCAUUUCCCCCUAGAUUAUAUUAUUUUGAUGUGCAUGCAAUUGGGACGCUCUGCUGGUGACUUGAUGUAUUGCUCUUUCUGCCGAUGCCUGGUUAAUCACUAGAUAAUAAAAAUUAAAUACAUU